UAACAUGGAGCAUGAAUAUGUUAUGUCAGCAGCAUUACAGGAUGAGAACAUCCCGAGCUCGGGAAGUUCUCAUCCCUUCAUCAGCAUUCAGCAUCUUGCCCCCACCGUCGGUCGGUGCACCUCCUUUCUCCUCCACCUCCUCCUCCUCCUCCUCCUCCUGCUUUACCUCAAGGGUCUCGCGAGCGCGCACGCGCGCGAAGCUGCGUGGGAAUGGCUGUUCGUGUGAUCGAGGGGGUUGGGCCGCGCGGAGCGGAGCGGAGAGCUGCAUGAGUUUGUAAUGUCCGCCAUGUUGGCCAUGGCGUAUUGAACCGGGGGAGGAACAGCGGAGCCUAGGGAGAAAAGAGACCGACAGAGAGCGACCGAGACCCGGGCCUGCCCCGGCUCUGUUCGCGCUGCUUUUUCCCGGAGCUUUUUUUCACCUCAAUCGAACCGGCUCAACAAGCUUCAUCCAUGAGAACUCGAGGCGGAGCUGCUGUUAUUCCGAGCAGACCGAAUAGAUUUAUGCUGCGUCUUUUAAUAUAAAAACAAUAAAAUGAGUAAACUGUCGUUUCGGGCACGGGCGCUGGAUGCUAGUAAGCCUCUACCCGUCUUCCGCUGCGAGGAUCUGCCUGACCUGCACGAAUAUGCCUCGAUCAACCGGGCAGUGCCGCAGAUGCCAACCGGGAUGGAAAAGGAGGAGGAAUCGGAGCACCAUCUCCAGCGGGCCAUCUCGGCGCAGCAGGUAUACGGCGAGAAGCGGGACAACAUGGUCAUCCCCGUCCCCGAGGCGGAGCGCAACAUCACGCACUACGAGUCCCUCUACCCCGGGGAGUUCAAGAUGCCAAAGCAGCUUAUUCACAUACAGCCUUUCAGUUUGGAUACGGAGCAGCCAGACUACGACCUAGAUUCCGAGGACGAGACGUUUGUGAAUAAGCUGAAGAAGAAAAUGGAAAUCACAGCCCUGCAGUUUGAAGAAAUGAUAGACCGACUGGAGAAAGGCAGCGGACAGCAGCUCGUCAGUCUCCAGGAGGCCAAACUGCUGCUCAAGGAGGACGAUGAGCUGAUCAAGGAGGUGUUCGACUACUGGAGCCGCAAGAGGAAAACCUGCAAGGGCAGCUGCCUCAUUCCCAACGUCAAGCAGGAGAAGAGGGACGGCUCUAGCACCAGCGACCCCUACGUGGCCUUCCGCCGACGGACGGAGAAGAUGCAGACCAGAAAGAACCGAAAGAACGACGAGGCGUCGUACGAGAAGAUGCUGAAGCUGCGCAGGGAUCUGAGCCGUGCUGUCACCAUCCUGGAGAUGAUCAAGAGGAGGGAGAAGAGCAAGAGGGAACUGCUGCAUCUCACUCUGGAGAUUGUGGAGAAGAGGAACGCAAUGCCAGACUUCGGCAGCGAGGUGAUGGCAGAGGCGCUGGCGCAGCGAGCUCUGGUGAAGCCCGUCUACACCAUCCCCAUCAUUCCCCUGUCCAACAGCAACCAGUACAGACACCAGGACCACUUGGACAUGAAGGACUACAAGAAGCCGGAGAAGACAGAGGCAGCGCGACCCAAAAGGAAAUACGAAAAGAAACCCAAGAUCCCUCCUCUGUCGGCGCCGCAGCAUUCAGGGCCCUCGGUGUUCAACCCCAAGGACCUCAACCAAUACGACUUCCCCAGCUCAGAUGAAGAACCCUUCUCACAGAUCCAUUCAGGUUCCUCAGAGGCAGAAGAGGAGAACGAUCCAGAUGGUUGCUAUGCGUUCAGGAGGAAGGCCGGCUGUCAGUACUACGCUUCUCAUCCGGACCAGAAUGGCAACUGGCCCUGGGUAAGCCCGUCCGAGGGCGGGCUCGGCGACCCACGCUUCCGCUACUGUCUGACCUCGCUGAACACGCCACGGCGCUGCAUAGGUUUGGCGCGGCGCCGCGUAGGCAGAGGGGGCAGGAUCUUGUUGGACAGAGCGCACGCAGAUCUGGACAGCAUCUGUCAGAGCCUCGACUCUGACCCGGAGCCCGAACCGCUCGCCUCACCACUUCUAACUUCUCCGCUCCGCAACUCCAACGCCAGUACCUCAGAAACCAAUACCUCGGACCCAACCAGCUCCUCCCACCUUCCCUCCUCUCCGUCACCUCCGUCGUCGUCGUCAUCGCCAACGCCCGUGGACCUCAGCCGGAUUCUUUUGAACAUUAAAACUUGCCGCUGGAGGCACUUCAGACCACGGACGCUAUCCCAUCACCCCUUGGGUGGAGGAGACUUGUCUCGCAGAGGAUUUAGGGAUUUAAGCCGGACAGUAUCAGGACUAAGCCGGACUCUGUCUGGAGGAGCCAGCACUCAGAACCGCACCGGUCCAGCCCCGACGCCUGUCAACGUGUUGACGGCGGAGCAGUACCAGCAGCACCAGGAGCAGCUGGCCCUCAUGCAGAAGCAGCAGCUGGAGCAGAGCCAACAGCAGCAACAAGCCAACAAACCUGCAGCCAGCACCAACACACAGGCGCUCGCGUCCAAGACGCUGGACCAGGCCAGCGCCCAGUUCGCUGCUUCAGCCCUCGUCACCACGGACCAGCUGCUGGCCUACAAGUCCAAAGAGGAGCUGGUGCUGGCGAGCGGAGUCAACGGGGUCCUGACGGGUGCAGCAGGUGUCUUCAAAGGCGUGCACCUGUCCAGCAGCACGGCAGCCCUCCACCAGACCAACCAGUCGACACACACUACCACCUCCGCGACCCCGACCUUCCUCCAGCCCUCCUCCAACUCGGCCACCCCUUCGCCCGCCAACGCCGUCCCCACCUCCCUCGCCACCGCCCCCGGCGCCCACGCUGCGGCCGCGCUGGGGAUCCUGGGAUGCAGCGCCGCCAACGCCACCCCCGCCACCACUCAGGUCCUCAUCGGGAACAACAUCUGCCUGAGCGUGCCGUCGGCCGCCAGCCUGGCCGGACGACACAUUCCCCGGACCCUCGGCAACGUGCCGCCCUCUGCCUUAAAGCUGUCCGCCACCACCAACCUGCAGAUGCCCAAAGUCUCCGCAGCAUCGUCCAUGGACCUGGGCUCAAGGGAUAAUCACGACGAAGACAAGCCAGCACUGAACAGUAUAGCAGACAACACAGUGGCCAUGGAGGUGACGUAGUAGCGGCGCGGCGCGACUCGGCGAUGGAGUCCGCUCUUCUUCUGUUUUUUUGUUUUGUUUUUGUUUGUUUUGUUUUUUUUAGGUGCUGUGCAUCGUAGCAUCGGGAAUGCAAAAAGGGACAGCAGGACUCGGACGCAGACUGACGGACGCUUGCAUCUCUCAUCUCUCAUCAGAACUUUUAAACCCUGUUUGUUUUGUUUUGUUACCGUUAAAAAGAUAACGACAUCUGUAAAUUAUGAAUACGGCAAAAUUAGUAUCUGUACAGUAACUUACAUAUUUGUAAUACCCCCCCACCACCUUGUAUAUAUUACUUGAAUACAGAACUGUCCAUUUGUGAUGUUUUGCACUUGGGAGUCAAACUUAAAAGGUUAAAAGUUAAAAAAGAGGAAAAAAAAAAAAGAAAAGAAGUAAAGCCAAGUAAGUUGUGGCGAGUGAGAGAUGUAGGAGUUGUAUAGACAAAGAGUUUUAUCACAUGACGUGCAUGGUGCGGAGCCUGCUGUUUUUAAAUCUAUUUAUUGUGCCGUGUUUACAGGUUUCUUUGUUUCUCGGUUUGUUUGUUUCGUUCCUUUUCUUUGUACACUGUACCUUCGUUGGUUCCUGUGCUGUAGUAAAUGUUAGGUAGCUACGGACUCCUGGGUAUUUUUGUAUAUUGUGAACACAAAGCAGGUUCCCCGCCCAACGUUUUUAGCAUUUAUUUUUUAUUAUUGUUUCGGGUCCCUGUGCUUCUCUCUGUGGAUCAUGUGAGGGGGAAAAAAAUAAAAAUCAAUGGUGACGUACAUACAGGCCAGGAGAGCCAGGAGGCGGAGAAGGAGGAGGAGGAGGGUGGAGGUUGUGUUGGCGUGAAGAGGCGGGGUCGCUCCUCUGUGUCACAUCGUCCCAAACACAAGUAACAAAACAGGGAUGAAGUCUCUUCCCAGAAGCCUUCGCUGCUUCUGAUUAAAGCACUAUUUUGUUUUCUGUUGAUGGUUUUGAUAAAAUAUCAAUGCUGCUUUUGUAUUUUUUUGUUUUUUAAAAAGGGUCGUUCUUCAUUUUCAUGCGAGCAGAGUCCCUUUUUGUUUAUUAUUAUUAUUUUAUUAUUAUUAUUAUAUAUAUUUUAGUUUUAUCCCACAAACAUUUUUUUUGUAAAACAAAAAAAAAAAAAUCGAGUUAUUUUUGUAUUUUCUUUUCCUCCUUGUGGUCGAAUCGAUUGUAAGCUUUUCGUUUAUUGAAAGACUUCAUUCUUUGGUUCCUUUUUUUUUUUUUUUUUUUUUUUUUUGUUACUUGUUCUUCGUGCAUUAGGUGAUAAGGGAGGUGAAUGGGCAGUGAUCGCUGUACGUGUUUCAUCAUUCCAGUUUUUAAUAACAAAAACAUGCUAAUGAGAGAGGGGGCGGAGGGGGUGGUGGGGUUUCUCCACCUCGCCUGCCCCCCCCUUUGUUUUUUAUUUUUGUUAUUUUUCUUUGAUUUUUUUUCUUUGAAAAAAGAAUCUCCAGACGGCUGCAAGGCCAAAAACCACAAGUAUUGGGUGCCUUCCUUUGGGGAAUAUUAAUGUACUCUCUUCUGUGAAGAGUUAGGCACAAAGGCAGCAUUACUUAGUAGUGCUUCUCGUCUUUGUCGUGAAUCUGAAUGCCCAGUCCAAUGGCAGGAUAUAUCCUUGAGGUUUACUUGUCCCACCUGGAGGCUGAAAAGACUAAAAAAAAAAAAAAAUGUGACAGAACUCUCACUAAAAUAAGACAAUAAAGCCCAGGGCAUUAAAUGUGAA